CCAUGUGGUCGAUCAAAGGUGUACAGUUUCUGUACGUUCACUGCGCGUUCACUGACGUUCCAGUGUCGUUGUAUUAGCCUGGCCUGCAGUGCAACGUUUCUCUCUGGAUAAAGAGCAAAGGGCAGUUAUAUAAGCAAGAAGCAGGAGUCACUCGUAUAGCUAAAGCAGAAAGAAUGGCCCAAGAUCAAGCAAGAAAACGGCAGUACGAGUACAAAGAGACCUCCAACCUUGUGCUGCAAGCUGACCGUACUCUGAUAGACAGACGUAGCAAAGAUGAGGCUACUGGGGAGGUGCAGACGCUGGUGGGCCGUCUCGGUGGGAAGAGAAUGGGAGAUUUGUUUCAUCGUGGUCGUCCGACGUACGUUGAUGACAGAGGCGGUAAAGACAAACCUCCGAGGAAGAAGUCCCGUCAUGACAGUGACGAGUACUUCACCCCCUCCAAAGGGACGUCCUUCCUCUCGUCAGAGGUAGAGGAGCUGGCCGGGGUAGUCUAUCGACCCAGGACCAAGGAGACAAAGGCAUCCUAUGAAAUACUGCUCUCCUUCAUACAGCAGUGCAUUGGAGAUCAGCCCAGGGACAUUCUGUGUGGUGCUGCAGAUGAGGUGUUGGCUACACUCAAAGAGGAGCACUUGAAGGAGAGAGAGAAACAGAAAGAGAUCAUCUCACUAUUGGGGCCGGUGGACAACGACCGCUACGCUAUUCUGGUGGGACUCGGCAAAAAGAUCACCGACUAUGGCACUGACAAACUUGCUGCAAUGGAAGAUGACACUAUUGAUGAGAGCUAUGGAGUUGCUGUGAUCUUCAAUGAGGAGGAGGAUCGUGAUAGGGGGCGUGGCAAAGAUAUGUCUGUUGCUCAUGACGAUGACGAUCUCCCUGACGACGAGGAGGAAGAGGGAGUGGAAGCAGACUACGAUGAAGUCCUCAAGAGUGGGAUGGACAGUGAUGCGGCCGGACGUGGAGGUAAGGACAAGCUGGAGCCACGACAAGUGGACGCUUACUGGCUGCAGAGAGAACUCAACAAGUUCUUCAAAGAUCCCAUUGUCAGUCAGAAAAAGGCUGAUGAAGUCAUGGAGAUACUGAAGAAUGCCAGUGAUGAUCGAGACUGUGAGAACAAGCUAGUCCUGUUGCUAGGCUACGACCAGUUCCAGUUUAUCAAGAUACUUAUCAAGAACCGGUGGACUGUGCUCUAUUGUACCCUCCUGGCCAAGACAGAGGGAGAGAGUGAGAAGGAGGCCAUUGAGGAGGAGAUGAGGGCUGACCCCACCAAGGAGGCCGUGCUCAAGGCCUUGUCAGAGGUGGAGAGUGGAGAUCUGGUGCAGACAGAGAGGGCCAGGAAAGCAGCUGCUCGCAAGUCCAAGAUGGACGCCGACCUGGAUGCAGAGAGUGCUGACCUCAUGGAGAAGAAAGGCCUUGGUGCACGGAAGGUGCUAGACUUGGAGGACCUUGUCUUCACGGAGGGUAGUCAUUUCAUGUCUAACAAGAGGUGUCAGCUCCCUGGGGGGUCCACCAGACAGACCAAGAAAGGCUAUGAGGAAGUGCACGUGCCAGCACAGAAACCAAAACCAUUCGAAGUGAAAGAGUCGCUGAAGUCUAUUGAGAGUCUUCCAAAGUGGGCCCACCUCGGGUUUACUGGCUAUCGCAGCCUCAACCGUAUCCAGAGCAGACUGGCAGACACUGCCCUCAACUCUGAUGAGAACCUACUCCUGUGUGCACCCACGGGUGCUGGCAAGACCAACGUGGCCCUCAUGUGCAUUCUGAGGGAGAUGCACAAACACAUGAACGCUGACAGCACUAUCAACCUGGAUGAAUUCAAGAUCAUCUACAUUGCUCCAAUGAGGUCCCUUGUGCAGGAGAUGGUGCAGAACUUUGGAAAGCGUCUGAAGCCGUACAACAUCACAGUGAGUGAGCUGACGGGAGACCAUCAGUUGAACAAGGAGCAGAUAGCGGGCACUCAGAUCAUUGUCUGUACACCUGAGAAAUGGGACAUCAUCACCCGCAAGAGUGGAGAGAGGACCUACACUCAACUAGUCACCCUCGUCAUCAUUGAUGAGAUCCAUCUUCUCCAUGACAACAGAGGUCCAGUGCUGGAGGCCAUUGUGGCUCGCACCAUUCGUCAGAUCGAGGCCACACAGGAGAUGAUACGAUUGGUCGGUCUCUCCGCCACCCUGCCCAAUUACGAAGACGUUGCAACCUUUAUGCGGGUGGAUCCAGCCAAAGGACUAUUCUUCUUUGAUAAUGGCUUCCGACCUGUGCCCCUGGAGCAGACCUAUGUGGGCAUCACUGAGAAGAAGGCCAUGAAGAGGUUUCAGCUAAUGAAUGACGUUGUGUACGACAAGGUCAUGGAGCAUGCCGGCCGCAACCAGGUCCUCGUGUUUGUACACUCUCGUAAAGAAACCUCCAAAACAGCCAAGGCCAUCAGAGACAUGUGCCUGGACAAAGACACCAUUGGCCAGUUUCUGAAGGAGGACUCUGCCAGCACUGAGGUGCUCAGGACUGAGGCAGAACAGACCAAGAACCUGGAGUUGAAAGACCUCCUCCCUUACGGCUUUGCCAUCCAUCAUGCUGGAAUGAACAGAGUGGAGAGGACUCUAGUAGAGGAGUUGUUUGCUGACAAGCACAUCCAGGUGCUGGUAUCCACAGCAACGCUGGCCUGGGGCGUGAACCUGCCAGCACACACUGUCAUCAUCAAGGGAACACAGGUGUACAGCCCUGAGGCAGGGCGAUGGGUGGAGCUAGGCAUGCUGGAUAUCCUGCAGAUGUUUGGUCGAGCUGGACGGCCUCAGUACGACAAGAAGGGAGAGGGAGUCCUCAUCACUGGACACUCAGAGCUCCAGUACUACCUCUCUCUAAUGAACCAGCAGCUGCCUGUGGAGAGUCAGUUUGUGAAGAAGCUGUCGGACAACCUGAAUGCAGAGGUGGUACUGGGGACUAUUCAGAAUGCCAAGGAUGCUGUCAACUGGCUUGGCUACUCGUACCUGUACAUCCGGAUGCUGCGAGCCCCUCAGCUGUACGGGAUCAGCUCAGAGGAGCUAGAGGCGGACCCGCUGUUGGAACAGAGAAGAGCUGACCUCAUUCACACAGCUGCCUCCAGUCUCAGCAAGAACAACCUCAUGAAGUACGACAAGAAGAGUGGUGCCUUCCAGGUGACUGACCUAGGUCGCAUUGCCAGUCACUACUACAUCACCAGUGAAACUGUAGCGACGUACAACCAGCUGCUGAAACCCACCCUCAGUCAGAUUGAACUGUUUCGGGUCUUCUCUCUCUCUUCAGAGUUCAAGUUUGUCACCGUUAGGGAGGAGGAGAAGAUUGAGCUGGCCAAGCUGAUAGAGAGAGUACCCAUCCCAAUCAAGGAGGGCAUCGAGGAACCCAGUGCCAAGAUCAACCUGCUGCUUCAAGCCUACAUCUCUCAGCUCAAGUUGGAGGGCUUUGCUCUAGUGUCGGACAUGGUCUAUGUCACCCAGUCUGCAGGCCGUCUAGUGAGGGCCAUCUUUGAGGUGUGUCUGCAUCGUGGCUGGGCACAGCUGACAGAGAGGUGUCACUCACUCUCUAAGAUGAUUGACAAGAGAAUGUGGCAGUCCAUGACCCCACUACGUCAGUUCAAGCGCCUCCCCGAUGACGUCAUUCGUCGUAUCGAAAAGAAAGACUUUCCGUGGGAACGAUUCUACGAUCUGGGUCACAGUGAGAUUGGGGAGUUAGUUAGAAUGCCUAAGAUGGGCAAGACGAUCCACAAGUACGUUCAUCAGCUGCCCAAACUGGAGCUGGCCGUUCAUAUUCAGCCAGUGACCAGGUCCACUCUGCAAGUAGAGCUGACCAUCACUCCAGACUUCCAAUGGGACGACAAGAUACACGGAGGCUCUGAGGCAUUCUGGAUCCUAGUGGAGGAUGUGGACAGUGAGGUCAUAUUACAUCACGAGUACUUCCUGCUCAAGAGCAAGUACGCCACCGACGAGCACGUAGUCAACUUCUUUGUGCCUGUCUUUGAGCCCCUCCCCCCACAGUACUUCAUCAAGGUUGUGUCUGAUCGUUGGAUUGGCUCCGAGACUCAACUUCCUGUCUCUUUUCGUCACCUCCUCCUGCCGGAGAAGUUCCCACCUCCCACAGAGCUGCUUGACCUUCAACCCCUGCCGGUGUCGGCUCUCAGGAACUCCACGUAUGAGGACCUCUACUCUGACAAGUUCCCAUUCUUCAACCCCAUACAAACACAAGUGUUCAACUCGCUGUACAACACUGAUGAUGAUGUGUUUGUUGGAGCACCCACUGGCAGCGGAAAAACCAUUUGUGCUGAGUUUGCACUCUUGAGGAUGUUCUCAGCUGACCCUGACUCAAAGUCUGUGUAUGUCACACCUAUUCAAGAUCUUGUCGAGCAGCGUUAUUCUGAGUGGGUGGUGAAGUUUGGACACCAACUGGGCAAGAAGGUAGUGAUGUUGACUGGAGAGACCAGUGUGGACUUGAGGCUCCUCAGAGAUGGUCAUGUGAUUGUGAGCUCUCCUGAGAACUGGGACAUGCUCUCUCGGAGGUGGAAACAGAGGAAGCACGUGCAAAAUGUCAACCUCUUCAUCGCCGACGAGCUCCACCUCAUUGGUGGAGAGAAUGGGCAUAUCUUGGAGGUGGUGUGCUCUCGAAUGCGUUACAUCUCCUCUCAAAUCGAGAAGAAGAUUCGUAUCGUUGCUCUCAGCUCCUCGGUGGCCAACUCCAAGGACCUGGGUCAAUGGCUGGGUGCCAGUACACACGGCCUCUUCAGCUUCCAUCCCAACGUGCGUCCUGUACCACUGGAACUGCACAUCCAGGGCUUCAACAUCACACACACCCCCUCUCGGCUCAUAGCCAUGAUGAAGCCAGUCUACCACGCCAUUUGCAACCACUCCCCUAAACUGCCUGUGAUUGUGUUUGUGCCCUCACGGAAACAGACUCGGCUAACAGCUGUCGACCUUUUGACCUUCUGUGCUGCUGAUCUACAGCCACAGAGGUUUCUGCAUUGUGGCGAGGAGGACAUCAAACCUCACCUCAAGCACAUCAAAGAUAAGACGCUGGUUGAGACGCUGUCCAAUGGUGUGGCCUACCUGCAUGAGGGAUUGUCAGAGAGUGAGAGGAAGGUGGUGGAGCAGCUGUUUACCUCCGGGGCAGUACAAGUGUUGGUGUCCUCACGUAACCUCUGCUGGGGAAUGAGCGUCAGUAGUCACCUGCUCAUUGUCAUGGAUACACAGUACUAUGAUGGACGGGGACACAGGUACGUGGACUACCCAGUGACGGAUAUUCUUCAGAUGAUGGGACGAGCCAACAGACCACUCAUCGAUGAGAACGGAGUGGCUGUGCUUCUUUGUCAGAGCUCUAAGAAAGAGUUCUACAAAAAGUUCCUCUACGAGCCUCUGCCUGUUGAGUCUCACUUGGACCACUUUCUCCAUGAUCACUUUAGUGCCGAGAUUGUUACCAAGACAAUAGAGAACAAACAGGAUGCAGUGGACUACCUCACCUGGACCUUCCUCUACCGCAGGAUGACACAGAACCCCAACUAUUACAACCUCCAAGGUGUGACCCAUCGCCACCUGUCCGACCACCUGUCUGAGUUGGUGGAGAACACACUGGCCGAUCUGGAGCAGUCAAAGUGUGUGGCCGUCGAGGAGGAGGUGGACCUCUCUCCCCUCAACCUCGGCAUGAUUGCAGCUUACUACUACAUCAACUAUACCACCAUUGAGCUGUUCAGCAUGUCCUUGAACGACAAGACCAAACUCAAGGGUCUACUGGAGAUCCUCUCAGCAGCUGCCGAGUACGAGGGCUUCCCUAUACGUCACAAAGAGGACUCACUCCUUCGUCAGCUGUCGUCACGAGUGCCACUCAAGCUCCCACAUGCUCGCUAUAACGACCCACACGUCAAGACUAACCUUCUAAUUCAAGCUCAUCUCUCUCGACUGCAGCUGUCUGCCGAGUUACAAAGCGACACUGAGGAAAUCUUAAAGAAGGCUGUGAGGCUGAUCCAGGCGUGUGUGGAUGUUCUCAGCAGCAAUGGCUGGCUCCAACCUGCUCUCACUGCCAUGGAGCUGGCUCAGAUGGUCACCCAGGCCAUGUGGUCCAAAGACUCCUUCCUUAAGCAGCUGCCUCACUUCACCUCGGAUAUCAUCAAGAGAUGCACAGACAAGGAGAUAGAGUCGGUGUUUGAUGUGAUGGACAUGGAGGAUGAGGACCGGAACACUCUCCUCAAUCUCUCAGACGUCCAAAUGCAGGACGUGGCUCGGUUCUGUAACCGCUACCCAAACAUUGAGCUUACCUACGAGAUCCUCAACAAGGACAGCAUAUACGGAGGGUCUCAGGUGAUGCUGUCUGUGAAACUGGAGAGAGAAGAUGAGGAGGACCUGUCUCCUCACGUUGUUGCACCGUUCUUCCCCCAGAAACGUGAGGAAGGAUGGUGGGUGGUCAUUGGAGAUCCUAAAGCUAAUGUGCUGCAGUCCAUUAAGAGGCUGACUCUCCAGAGCAAGAGCAAGGUGAAGCUCGACUUCACUGCCCCCACCUCCCCGGGUGCUCACAAGUACAUCCUCUACUACAUGUGCGAUGCCUACAUGGGCUGUGAUCAGGAGUACCCCUUCACCAUCACGGUGCACCCAGGCAAGGAGGACAGCGGAGAGAGCAUGGACGAAGAUAACUAAACAUUUCAUUGGCUCACAUAAUUAUAUAAUUACUGACUGUGACAUGAUAAUUGCUCGCGAUCGCAUAAUUUUCUUUUGCUGUAAUUGAGAUAAAUAUAAUAUACAAUUUGCUAUGAAAAGUUAUUACCUUGA